GCAACGGGCGGAGCGCGGGGCGGCAGCACGCAUGCACCGGCGGGCGGGCAGGGGGAGGAGCCGCGUCCGCCGGGCGGGCUGGGCUCCUCCCUCCUCCUCCUCUUCCUCCUCCUCCUACUCCUCCUCCUCCUCCUCGUCGCCGUCUUCUUCUUCCCCCUCCCCGCCCACCCGCCUCCAGCGCUUUCCCGCCGCCCGCCUUCCACGCACGGCGGGUUCCGCCUCGCGCCGCUGCCGACACGGCCGCCGCUGCCGCUGCGGGAACAAAGGAGCGAAGCGGCGGCGGCGCGGCCGCCAGCCCCGCAACUCGCGCUCUCCCCGCAGCCGCCCGGAGCAAUCCGCGGCGCCUUCUCCGGCACCCGCCGCGGGGUUUGUGGCCCCCGCCGGGAACAGCAUCGAGAUGACUCAGGAGACAAACCAGACCCCAGGGCCUAUGCUGUGUACUACAGGAUGUGGAUUUUAUGGAAAUCCUAGGACAAAUGGGAUGUGUUCUGUUUGCUACAAAGAACAUCUUCAACGACAGCAGAAUAGUGGUAGAAUCAGCCCCAUGGGAUCAACCAGUGGUUCAAACAGUCCUACCUCAGACUCUGCAUCUGUACAGAGAGCAGACACUAGCUUAAACAACUGUGAAGGUGCUGCUGGCAGCACAUCUGAAAAAACAAGAAACGUGCCUGUUGCCGCUUUGCCUGUAACACAGCAAAUGACAGAAAUGAGUAUUUCAAGAGAGGAAGAAUUAACACCGAAAACAGAGACUGAGCCAGUUGUUACUCAACCAAGUCCAUCAGUUUCUCAGCCUGGUACUUCAGAGAGUGAAGAGAGAGCUGCUGAACUGCCGAAACCAAAGAAGAACAGAUGUUUCAUGUGCAGGAAGAAGGUUGGUCUUACAGGAUUUGACUGCCGAUGUGGAAACCUAUUUUGUGGACUUCACCGUUACUCUGACAAGCAUAACUGCCCAUAUGAUUACAAAGCAGAAGCUGCAGCAAAAAUCAGAAAAGAGAAUCCAGUUGUGGUGGCUGAAAAAAUUCAGAGAAUAUAAAUUAAUAUGCUUGUGAAAAGACUGACUGACUUUUUGUGGGGCUUUUUUUUUCAAUACAUCCUAAGAAAACAUGAAAAGAGCAGGUGCAUGGUCAUUUUCCUUUGUUUUCCAAAGUUUUACUUCUAGUCCUGUCUGUCUAAAUGAUACUUCAAAUGUUUGGGUGUUUGCUACAGGCAGAAUUGGAUAGAUACAGCCCUUGAAAAUAUAUAUGCCCUCCCCAGAAUAGAUGAUGAUCAGAAACCUGCACAGGAAUACACAUGCACAGAGGACAGACUCUAGUUCACAUGUGCCAAACAGAUGUAUGCAAUGUGCAUGUGUGCAGCAGCUCUGCCUUUUGAGAUGUGCAUGAGGUAUAUGUUAUAUGCCUGUUUUGGAGAACGAUACAUCAAAACUGUUGGCAGUCUACUUCUAUCAUUUGAAAUCUCAUUCUACUUUUAGUUGCCACACUUCAUGUUAGUUUUCCAGCAGAAUGCUAGCUGUGUAGAGGGUCUAGUAUCCCAGUAAGAGGAGUGUCUUUGCCAUAUUUAAGUCACUUAACAACUGAGAAAAAUGGAGAAAAUCAGAUGAGAAGAAAAUUAUUUUGUAAAAGAUUACAUUAACUUUAGAAUCUUGAAAAAAAGUUCCCAAAGGAAAUGUCCCCUUAGGAGCUUAUGAACUGGCCUGCAACAGUUGUCCGCUUUUCCUUGCAUAGCUAAAAAUGUUGUGUAGCAGAAUAUUGUAAGAUUGGUCUUCAAAAAACAGUUACAAAUGUUUCUAGAAAUAUCACAGCAUCUCUAUCAAGCAACAGAGGUCUAAAUAAGUUGCUGAAAACUAGAGCAGUUUAUUAUUCAUGUACUACUUAUGUUCUGUGUGUUCCAAGUUCAGAAUAUUAGGAAUUAAUUUUUCUAGUUUUGAGUGUAACAGUAGCACCGUUCUGCAUGGAAAACCAUACCUAACAUGGCUGCUGUAGACUUAAAUGGUAGCUGGAACCACUCUCAGAGGGCUGCUUUAUCAUUUUUAUUUGUAAUUGGGUAUAGGACUGUAGUGUUCUUGGGUGUAUUGCAUGGGCUGCAUUAUCUACGGCAUUGUACAAUAACAACUCUAGAAAAGGCAGUAUUCUUCACUGAUGCUUGUCUGGUAAUAUAUAUCACUUCUGUGUUAUAAUGGAAGGGGUUUUUGUGAUGUAUGAAACUUGUGUUUUUUAUAUAAACAAAUACGGUUUAGACUAGUGUUGUGGUAAUGCCUGUUCUCAUCUGUAAAUAGUUACAUACGUACACAAGGCACUACUCCUGACCUGAUUUUUAUUGCCAGUGUUCAGUCUUUGUUUUUACUUCACUAUUAAAGCAUCAGGUUUUCGCUUCUAACUUUCUUUUGAGUUAUUAGAUAUGCAGACAUGUACAGAUAGUUCAUAUUUAUGUAUUGCACAUAAGCUACACAGCAUCUAUGCUAUAUUGUAUUAUGUAAAUAAUAAAAAUAAUGUACAGAAGGAGA